AUUGAAGUUACGGACAUCUCAUCCCAGCUCACGAUGAUGACUUCCUUCCGGCAAAGCUGGACAGCAGCCCAGGCACCUAUGCUUAAUACUGCUUCCACAAAUACCCCUCGGAGCGCUUCUGUUGUCAAAGUAGCACCACUAGACUACAUCGAUAAACCAAUUCAGAGAAGUGGUGAUUUGGGGACUCCAUCUCAGAGCACGCAGACGAAUCCACCACUAACCAGUUUAUCCUUCGACGAAAGUCUCCAAGCAAGAUUCCAUGAACAAGAGGAUAACGAACAGUCUCCCAAUACAGCAAUCGACCUAGGGCAAGCAUCACAUGCAGUAUUCUCUGCCGAGGAUCCUCUUCCAGUUUACUGGCCAAACAAUUUUCCAGCUGAAGAUGACUGUCUGUUCGAUGAAGAAAGCACUGGCCUUGAUUCAUUCGAAUCUUUGGUUACGCAACAGAACAGCAAUGCAUCCCCAACGAUGCCAUUAUCCUCUUCCUCAUCUGAUACUUUCUUGGCAGGAAAAUAUGACGAGAGCCAGACUUCUCAGAAUUUUGAGUUCUUCGAGACAACUUCAACUCAUCAACCUUGGUGAUUCCAAUAUGGCGUUCUGGGAGGAGCAUCUGGUUUAUGGCGGAGAUAUCGGAGGCUGGGUAUGGCGCUGGCUGGAAAAAGCAGAAAUGUAUUUCAUGUCGAUUAUUCGCU